CUUGGUAGCAAACAGCAAACGUGCCAUUCUAGCUCUUUCGCUCGCCAUGGAAUGGCUGCAGGCGUACUGGUGCAUUAGCCUCCCGACCAAACCGCUGGACGUCGUCCACGCCGAGCGCUACCUCUUUGUUUUUCCUCGAGCGCAUCGCCCGCCGCUCGUGCUGCACUGCCUGCGGUUCCACCGGUGGUACAUCUUUCUCGCGGGGUUCCUCGCGCAGCUCUGCGCCGGCAUCCUCUAUGCAAUGAUUGUCGUCUUCGAGUCCUUUGCCGGCGUCUUCUUUGAGGACCCCGACCUCAUUUCUGGCGCGCUUCGGUCGCUCGUCGUCGGCGUCAUCGCCUACUGCAUCAUUGCCGCCUUCCUCACGCCCCUCCUUGAGCGCCGCGGGCCCCGCUGGUCCAUGCUCUUUGGUACCUCCUUUGUCGUCUUUGGCUACCUCGGCCUCGAAGUCGCGCUGCUCGCACGCCUCUGGCCCAUGAUGCACAUUGGGCUGCUCUUUUCCAGCGUGGGGCUCGGCGUCGUGCUCUUGACGUCCAUCUCGACCGCGCAAAAGUGGGCGCCCGACCUCCGCGGCACCAUCAGCGGCCUCUGCUCGGUUGGGUUCAGCCUCGGGCAGCCGCUCUGGAAUUGGUACUUUGAGACGCUCGAGGAACAUGGCGUGCCGCUGCAGCACUACUACUGGUUCGUUUUGGCGGUCAUGCUCCCGCUCCUCGGGCUCUGCACGCUCAUUCUCCGGACGCCGCCGCCCGAUUUCUUCGUCCGCGGCCACGACAUGCACGGGAUUCCGGUCGACCGCGCGGUCAAGGCCGACGUCAUCCACGACGAAUUCCUAAAGGUUGGCAUGACACUCGUCAACUUUGACGCGAUUCGCCGUCGCUCGAACGAGUCGGGCACGACCGACGCCGAGGUCACGACGCGGCAGUACCACGAGCAAGUCAAGGCGCUCACCCUCAUGCAGUGCGUGCUCUCGACCGACUUUGUCUGUCUCUGCAUGGCGUUUGUCGCGCUCUCGACGCUCAAUUUACCGUACAUUCCGCUCGCGGCGCCGGGCGCCUCGUGGGCCACCGACUAUGCGAUCGCGAACGCGGAGUCGCUCAAGCUGCACGGUGCGCUUCUCGGGUUCGCCGGGCGACUGGGCGUCCCGAUGGUCUCGGACGCGGUCAUUUGCGUCUUUUACGCCAACCCGGCGUUUGCGCGCAAGGUGACCUUUGUCGCCGUGCUUCUAUUGGCCGUGAUUGCGCUCCCGAUCUGCGCCAGUGACUUCGACAGCACCGUGCCGGCCAUGAUCUACGUGACCAAAUUUUGCGGCGGCGCGGCGGCGUCGCUCGUCGUAUGCUUCCUCACGGACAUGUACGGCGUCUACAACAUGGGCGCCAUGUAUGCGUUUGCGUGGAGCAUCUGGGCGACCGUCCUCCUCUUUGUCGCGCCGCUCGUCAAGGUCGGCGUCGAUGGGGAUACGCUGCUGGUGUUCUGGGCGCUCUGUCUCGCCGGGCUCGUGCUGCUCGUCUUUGUCCGGACAACGUCCCGCGACCGGUUCUACGACGGCUACCGGCUCUCGCUCUGUGGGCGAUCGAUCGUGGAUCUUCCGUUUGGCCCACGGGACGACGACGCGCGCGACGACGACGUGCGGCCGCCAACCAUGUCGCCCGAGCGCGGCUCCUUCUUCAUUUAUGAAAUCGACUCGGACAAUGGUUUUCAAAAAGUGCACGUCUAGGAGCGUGCCACGUAAUUUAUUUCGAUUGUGUACA